AAGAAAGGGCUCGCGGCAUUUAGGUGUCCUUCACCGGACUGAACAAAUGUUGCAUUCCUUCUCUUCACUUCAAAGGUUUUCUGUAUUCAUGGCAUCCAAACCUCAACGCUUCCAUCAAAUUGCAGGGACCAACUUUCAGAGCUCAACAAAGAGGGUUAGAACCAUGGCCACAGCCAUUGAACCUGCUAUGAAGGACUCCUUUUCCAGAUACGCUGAAUAUCUCAAUGACCUUAAUGACAAACGGGACAGAGUAGUCAAAGCAAGUCGUGAUGUAACAAUGAAUAGCAAAAAGGUCAUAUUUCAAGUGCACAGGAUGAGUAAAUACAAUAAAGUGGAAGUACUUGAGAAAGCUGAAAAGGAUUUAGUAGCUGUGACAGAUCAGUACAUGUCACGACUAGUUAAAGAAUUGCAGGGAACUGAUUUUUGGAAACUAAGACGAGCGUACUCACCCGGGAUACAGGAGUAUGUUGAAGCAGCUACAUUCUGUGGUUUCUGCAAAAAUGGAACUCUUUUGAAACUUGAUGAGAUAAACAAGACUUUGUUACCACUUAGUGAUCCAUCUCUUCAGCCACUGCAGAUAAAUAUCCUUGACUAUCUAUUAGGGGUAGCAGAUUUGACUGGAGAGCUGAUGCGUUUAGCAAUAGGUAUGAUAUCAGAUGGUGAACUUGAAUUUGCUGAGAAGAUAUGCACAUUUGCACGCGAUAUAUACAGAGAGCUUACGCUUGUAGUGCCACAUAUGGAUGACAGUUCUGAUAUGAAAACAAAGAUGGAUAUAAUGCUCCAAAGUGUCAUGAAAAUAGAGAACGCUUGCUUUAGUGUUCAUGUGAGAGGGUCAGAGUAUAUUCCACUUCUUGGAUCCAACGAUACAAGUUCUUUCUUAGUGGGAGUUCCGGAUAUUGAAAUAUGAGUUAUUCAUUGGACGCGUUGUGAAAUCUGUCAAUGAGAGAAUAGUCUGCUAGAUGGUUUUAGAGGUUGGUGUCACUGCAUGGACCAAUCUCAACAAUAUUUUGCGUAAGCUUCACAUGAUCAUCGAAGAGAAAAUUUAAGCUGAUUCUAAGCGAAGAUGACAAUGUACGCAUCUCAUUUUAUUUGAAAAGGUUGAUCAUUUCACAUGAUGUUAUUAAACUUGUACUAAAUCAUCCGAGAUUAAAGAAAUUGACAUUAAGUUUGAAUUAUGCUACCAUAUAAACAUUUCAGUUUUCUUUUCAGUUUAUCAUCA